AUGCCGCUCGCGAAACCUCCAAAUGCAUCGAGUCCAGUCUUGUCCCAAUUCCAGCUGGAUGGCAAGGUCGCUGCUGUUACUGGUGGCGCAAGAGGAAUCGGGCUCGAAGUUACACGAGCCCUCGCCGAAGCUGGCGCGAAGGUCGCACUGGUUUACACCAGUUCGAAGGACGCCGAAGAGAGCGCUGCAAAACUCACCAGGGAGACCGGAUCGACUGUCAAAGCGUACAAAUCAGAUGUGCGAGACAAGGACACCAUUACAGCCACCAUCGACCAGAUCGCGGAAGACUUUGGCCGCCUGGACAUCUGCGUGGCUAAUGCUGGCAUUGCCACCCACCAUGACAGUCUGGACUACUCAGCAGAGCAGUGGCAGGAGAUCAUGAAAGUCAACUUGGACGGCGCCAUGUACACCGCCCAAGCUGCCGGCAAGAUCUUCAAGAAGCAAGGGCCUGGUGGUGGUAGCAUGAUCUUCACUGCAUCGGUGUCGGCCACGCUGGUAAAUGUUCCACAAAAGCAAGCGGCGUACAACGCUUCGAAGGCGGCGGUCGUACAUCUCGCAAAGUGCUUGGCUGUUGAGUGGGUCGACUUCGGUCGAGUCAAUUGCAUCUCGCCCGGAUUCAUCGAGACGGAGAUGAUCGCUAGCCACCCGAAAGAGUGGAGAGAUCACUGGUCGUUGCUAGUUCCAGCUGGGAGGAACGCUGAUCCUGCUGAACUGAAAGGAGCCUAUGUAUUCCUGGCGAGUGAUGCCUCAUCGUAUAUGACCGGCAAGUCACAUCCUGUUCUGCUCGUGAAAGCGGCACUGACCAAUCGCAGGUGCCAAUAUCGUGAUAGACGGCGGUUACACACUGCCAUGAAUCUAGCGGGAUCUGAUUGA